AAAAGGAUCUUUUCUCAGAUUUUUCCUGACUUCCACCCAAAGACCAAUUCACAUUUCCGUCCUUAUUCUAGUUGAGGAGGCAUAAGCCUUAAGUCAUGUACCCAGGGAAAGAUGAGAUCAUUAGCCUGGACUGACUAGUGGGAUCACUAUAUAUACAUAUGACUAAAUACAAGGUUGUGGUUCAGCUUUUCCCACAUCCCGGAGCAGAUCCCUACAGAGGGCCCUGGGGAUUCACUUGAGUGGCUAGAAAAUGCUUCAGAAGGGGAGUCCCUGGGCCCAAUAUUCUUUUUAUAACAGCACUGGGCAUGCUGAAUGGGAAGGGAUAUAGGGGAAAAAAGGAUUAUAAUAUAGUGACCAAAUACAUGGGGGGUUUCAGUUUUAUUUUAUGGCUGCUCAAGCCUUGGCCAGUUUCCCCUUGAGCGAGGGGCUUGGGGUCUUCUGUACGGGGCUCUCCAUGUGGCCUAGGAUGCUAGAGAGUACUUCAGGGAUCUGCCUCUAUCCCUUAAUGAAUAUCUCCAUCCUUCUCCAUCUGUCUCCCUGAGUUUUUAUUCCAUCUCUGUGUGUUUGAAUUGAUGGCUGUCCCUGAAAGGGUUUCCCUGGGCUUCUGUGUCUCUGAGCGUCUGGACUCCUCUGUCACUCUGCUUUCUGGGUUUUCUCUGGUGCUGUUGGUGGAGGGUUCUCAGUUCCAAGCUCCAGCUCUCACCACUCCAUAGUGUCUGGCUGGGGUGUGGCUGUUCUGAGGGUGUGUCUCCCCUCCCUGUUCUAGUCUGUCACCCUCCUUGGGCUCCCCUCAGGCCCCCUUCUCUAGCCUCUCUCCCAGCUAAUUCCCAUCCCGCCCCCCAUUCCUUCUGGUCCCCGCUUCCUUACAUGGUCACAGCCGGGCCUCCCUCUCCCGGACGUCCCCCCCUCCCCCGCUCUCUCCCGCCCCCCCAACCGGACACAGCCCCCGCCCUGCUGCUACCCCUCAGCCAGGCAGCCCGGCACCCCAGCCAUGGAGGACCUGGAUGCUCUUUUGUCUGACCUGGAGUCUACAACAUCCCACAUCCCUCGGGCUGGGGCUCUUAGGGACCAGCCCCAAGAAGCCACUCCGGCUCCUCCUCCCUAUACCCAGCAACAACAGAAGGUGGCCAGGGAAACCUCUGGGGCCUCAGGAGACAAAGACCAUCUCUACAGCACUGUGUGCAAGCCUCGGUCCCCAAAGCCUGCGGCACCUCCAUUCUCCUCCAGUGGUGUCCUCGGUGCUGGGCUCUGUGAGCUGGACCGCCUACUGCAAGAGCUCAAUGCUACCCAAUUCAAUAUCACAGAUGAAAUCAUGUCCCAGUUCCCAUCCAGCAAGGCCGCUGAUGGAGAACGAAAGGAAGAACAAUCGGAGGAAAAGAAAAGGCCUACCACCCCCCCUAGCCCAACGCCUCCGCUGCCCAAACCUUCGGCCACCUCAGCUACCUUGGAAUUGGACAAGUUGAUGGCUUCUCUUUCCGAUUUCCGCGUCCAGAACCAUCUUCCUGCCUCUGGGUCUACCCCCAAACCAGAACUGAGCUCAGUGAGUGAUACCACACCACCCACCACCACCUCGGGGCCCGCCACGGAGGGCAGUCUGGACACCAUGCUGGGCUUGCUUCAGUCAGACCUCAGUCGACAGGGAGUCCCCACCCAGGCCAAGGGCCUUUGUGGUUCCUGCAAUAAACCCAUUGCUGGGCAGGUGGUGACAGCUCUAGGCCGGACCUGGCACCCGGAGCACUUUUUAUGCGGAGGGUGCUCCGUGGCUCUGGGAGGCAGCAGCUUCUUUGAAAAGGAUGGGGCCCCUUACUGCCCUGAAUGCUACUUCGAGCGCUUCUCCCCGCGCUGUGGUCUCUGCAAUCAGCCCAUUCGCCACAAGAUGGUCACCGCCUUAGACACCCAUUGGCACCCUGAACAUUUCUGCUGCGUCAGCUGCGGGGAACCGUUCGGGGAAGAGGGGUUCCACGAGCGGGAGGGUCGCCCGUAUUGCCGCCGGGAUUUUCUGCAGCUGUUCGCCCCACGCUGCCAAGGUUGCCAGGGUCCGAUCCUGGAGAACUACAUCUCGGCUCUGAGUGCACUCUGGCACCCGGACUGCUUCGUCUGCAGGGAGUGCUUUACGCCCUUCUCGGGAGGCAGCUUCUUCGAGCACGAGGGGCGCCCGCUCUGCGAAAGCCACUUCCACGCCCGGCGCGGAUCCCUCUGCGCCACCUGCGGCCUCCCGGUCACCGGCCGUUGCGUUUCGGCGCUGGGACGCCGCUUCCACCCGGACCACUUCACCUGCACCUUCUGCCUGCGCCCGCUCACCAAGGGGUCCUUCCAGGAGCGCGCGGACAAGCCCUACUGCCAGCCCUGCUUCCUCAAGCUCUUUGGUUGAGCCCCCACCCACUCGGCCACGAGGAGGUCCCGCCGCAAGGAUAGAACCCCAUUCCAAGAAAGGCCUUCCCCUUUAAAAAGAGCCCGGUGCGAGGAGGCUGCACACCGAGGGAAGGCCCGCCCUCCCCCCACAAAGCUGGUUCCAGAUUAGACUACGUUCCCAGUGAGGCCCGCCCGGGGGACUAGAUCCCUGUCCAAAGAGAGGUCCUUUCCCUCCCCCAGCCUGGCUCAAGAAUAGAGCACAUUCCCAGAACACUUUGCCUUUUAAUUAGAGCCCAGUGCCAGCGGACUCCCAUCCCUUAAGUAGACUCCAGGCCAAAGGGAGCUUGGAUCCUUCCCCCGGUUUAAGAAUGGGCCAAGGCUCCAGGUGCCCUUUAAAUAGAACCCGGGCCCAGGAGGUCCACGCCUAUCAUAUACGGGGACCACCUCGAGGGAGGUGUUCUCCCUCCUCCAAAAAACAAGGCUUCUUGGUCCUUCUCAGAAGCAGCCCAACUCUUCCCUGAAGCUCCAUCCCUCUGGGGUACGUGAAUGGAGAGACAAAGGAAUGUCUAGAGAAUUCCCUUCUUGGAAGGGAUGGGGAGGGGGAAGUGAAGCCACUCCGCAGGAAUAGACGUUCAGGGUUGAGGGCUCUUGUAGGGCUCCCCAGCUGUGGGUAAUAGGAUCCCUCUCUAGGUUUGAACGCACUUACGUCUUACUAAGGAAGGAAAGCGCUUAAGGGAAAGGGACCAAGUCCUAGAAAUCUGCGGCUCCGGGUUGUGCCUCACAGUACUGUCUGAGUGUCCUGAGUGUCCCUCACUGCCGUCCUCACCUAUCUCUAUAUAAAUACACCUUUCACCAAC